CACACCCUGGGAUACUGCAGCACCGCCAUGUACGUACCCCACGGCGAGAAGAACCGCUACACCGUCGUCAUCUACCUGGACGACACCGAGAUCCUGCGGUUCCACAGCGACGCCGCCAGUGCCAGACUGGAGCCGAGGGCGGCCUGGAUGGAGCAGGAGGGCGCAGGGUUUUGGGAGGAACAGACGCGGGAAAUAAGGCACAACGAACAGCGGAGCAAAGCAAACCUGAACAAGCUGCGCGCCCACUACAACCAGAGCCAGGACGGGUCUCACACCCUCCAGGAAAUGACCGGCUGCGUCGUGGGGUCGGACGGGCGCUUCCUCCACGGGUUCAGUCAGUUCGCCUACGACGGCACCGAAUUCCUCUCCCUGGACGAGGACCUGCGCUCCUGGACCGCCACGGCCACGGCGCCCCAGAUCGCCUGGCGCGAGUUGGUGCUGGUCCCUGAUGCGGACGUCAGGAGAUUCUUCCUGCAAGACAUCUGCGUGCGCCGCCUCCACCGCCUCCUGGAGAAGGGGAAGGACACGCUGCUCCGAGCAGACCCUCCAAAGACACACGUGACCCACCACCCCAUCUCUGACCAUGAGGUCACCCUGAGGUGCUGGGCCCUGGGCUUCUACCCUGCUGACAUCACCCUGACCUGGCAGCGUGAAGGGCAGAACCUGACCCAGGACAUGGAGCUUGUGGAGACCAGGCCUGCAGGGGACGGAACCUUCCAGAAGUGGGCAGCUGUGGUCGUGCCCCCUGGAGAGGAGCAGAGAUACACAUGCCAUGUGCAGCACCAGGGGCUGCCUGAGCCCCUGACCCUGAGAUGGGAGCCCCCUCCUCAGACCACCAUGACCAUAGUGGGCAUCGCUGCUGCCCUGGGUCUCCUUGGAGCUGUGGCUGCUGGAGCUGUGAUGUGGAGGAGGAAGUGCUCAGGCAGAGGCAGGGAGAGAUGCACUCAGGCUGCUUGUAAGUCUGGGUGUUGGGGAAGUGACGUCUGGGACCCUUGGGAGAGGGUGGGCUGGAUUCUGAGGGGGCUCCUCCACCCCGUAACUCUGCUGUGUGUCUUCCCCAGGCAGUGACAGUGCCCAGGGCCCUGGUGUGUCUCUCACAGCUCCUAAGGGUGAGACCCUGAGGCAGGAUGUGGGCGGGUAUUUGAACUGAGGGGCACAGCUGGGUUUUGGGGAUUCUUAAAGUAGGACAUUCUGAGCCUGUGGUGGGAUGUGGGAGUUGUGACACUUCUGAGACUGACCUGAAUUUGUUCAUGACAACUUUCUUUCCCAGUGUGACAGAGCUGCCUUGUCCAGGUUUGGUGCUAAAACAGUCACUGCAGCCUCCCCUUGGGACUUUAAGGGUCCCUGACUACAGUUUCUGCAACAAGUAUCUGAACACGUCUGCAUUAAAUAAAUUUAACUCUAUAUUUAUAUAUACGAAUUAAACAGAAGUGAUUUAGAUUAAAAGCUCCAAAGUGUAUCGUUUCCAGCAAAUAUUAUUCUAUGUACACCUUCAUCCCAUUUGUUAAGCUGUUAAUUUAAACUCACAAACUUACCAUGAGGUGUGCAGACAACCCAGGAGGGACAGACUGUCUGCCACGGACAAGGGGACCACACGGCUCCCCAGUGAUGUUCCUUGUGACCACCUGUGUUCCAUUGGCACUUAAGGGUUUCUUCCCACGCAUCCGAAUGCGACCAUUUGGAGCCUCCAGUUUUGGCUGGUUGAGUCCCUGAUUCUAACCAAGUGCAUAUUUAUUGCCUAGGAGUCGUCCCAAGCUUUCAGGCCCUCCUCAUGUAGACCUCAGGGCUGUCUGUGUGGGGUACAGAGAGCUGACCAAUCAGAAGGUGAGGACACCUGCUUAAAGCAGGAAGUGUCCCAGCAUCCACUGUCCUUAAUCCACUGCAGACACUGCUCUCAUUCUGCAGAUGCUGAGUCCUGGAAGGUCAUGGCCAAGGAGCCCCCAUGACCUUAGUGGCUUCCUCUGAGAGUUCGUCCUCAAGGGAGAGCCCUUGGGCCACAGGGUCAGUCUGGCUACUGGACUGAGAACAGAAUCAGGAGACCAGGGACCAGCGAGGCAGGAGGGAAAGGUGUGGGGAAGCUCCCAGGGUUCCAGGCUGCAGGUGCUGGGUGUUCUGAUGGGGCUGUGAGUGGUGGAAACAGUGGGAAGGGACUGGACACUGAAUGCAUUUGGAAGAUGGAUUUCCCAGCAUUUCCUAGUGAUUCAAUCUGGGCUGUGGGGAAGGAGUCAAGGAGGGCACCCCACGUUUGUGCUGUGUCAGCAGAAAGAUGGGGUUAUAUCAGCAGAGACGAGGAAGAUACUGGCAGGAGUAUGUGUGGGGGAGGGAUGAGCAUUUCAAGGGUUCAGCUGAAGAGAAGGUCAAGGUGAGACGUCUGUUAUGAGCACCAGUGAGGAGUCAGGUUGGACAGAUGAGUGUGGGGACCUUGAGGAGAAAUGUCUGGGCUGGAGACAUAGGGGAAGAGGUGAUGCUACAAAAAUGACAUUUAAAACCAUGAGGGUGGAUGAGGCCACCAAGGGAGCCAGGACUGUGGAAGAUUAAAGAACAAGGACGGGACACUGCACCUCCCUGUCCUGACCGUGGGGACAUUCAUUCUGGUGACCCACUCACGGGGGUGACAGUCAGGUAUCCCUGUCAAACAGUCACCGUUUGGUGUUUUUCAUUCAUCAGUAAUUUACAGGGAGACGUUCUGAGAUUGUCCUGCUGUGCCCUCACCAAUUCUACACUCACUCUGCUUAGUCCCUCUCAUAACUUCCACCCAAGUCAGCGAAAAUAUGGUGGUUGUCCCGUGUCAGCCCUGGACACUUAUGAGUGGGGUGUAGAGUACAGCAGGGGAAAGUAGGAAGUGAUAUUGUUGUGACUACAUAUGGUGUCUGAUGGGUACUAGACUUUUCAGGGAGAUUGCUUAAUAAGUUAUAUAAAUGUAUAAUCACGGAGUUCCAUGGCUGAAAGUAACACAACAUUGUAUGUCAACCGUAGUUAAAAAAUAAAAAAUCUCAUGGAC